AUGGCAGGACCACAAGAGGAAUCUAUAGCCGCUGAGUCACCUCAGUCACAGCUACCACAGCAGCAAGAACAAGAGUCAUUGUCUACUCCUAAUACAGACACAAUUGUUAAGGAAGAACUGAAUCAACUGAAUGACGACUUGCUUCAGACUCCUCAAGAGUUGAAUGACUCGGCAUCCGAUGUCACGUCUUCCGUAUCGUCCACCGCGUCUUCGUCGGAUGCCAUCUUAACUCCUCAAGCGAUGAGGAGACCCAGCAAUUUCGAAAUGGAUCAAUUCAACAUUAUCUUUCACAAGACGCUGAAAGAAGUGGAAAAGAUUGCGCGAUUACGAGUGGGCGACACGGUCAUUACUCCGUUUGGUGAAGGAAAGCUACUGGAACUGGGAGAAUCCAACAAGAUUGCUCUGCCUUGGGGUAUUCUAUGUACAAGACUUCAAAAUAUUCAUCGAAAACUACCGGAACUGGAGUUUCAGGAAGCAAUGGACCAUCUGAAUGAGGUUCGAAAGCUCCAUUUUGCCGUCGAAUGUCAAAAGCUAAACAUUCCACUUCAGAUUGAUGGUUGCACCGCUUGUCUACUAGAAAGACCCGAAUACAAGGUCAAGCGCAAUCAAAAUCAAUCCAGAUGGAACCGAUUCAAACAACGCGUUGACGAAUCUCGCAAAAACAAGAAACAGCAUCUCUGGGUAUGCGAUGUCUGUGGCAAUCCCGUCUGCAAAUUUCAUGAUCGUCAACAGCAAAAGGGAGGAGGGGAUCACUUUCACAUGUGCGUCGAUUGUUCCUACGACCUAAACCAAGUGGAACAUCAACUGAAUCCCUACCAUCCCAAUGUACUCCAAUCCUUGGAGCGAUUGCUCUUGUUGUAUACACGCAUGUGCUUGCAACUCUCCUUUUGGAUGCCCUACGUUCCCGAACUCUGCAGUCAAAUCUUUCAGAAGCAACGCAAAAAUGCCAAGAUUAGUCUGGCCAAUACCAGCCUUGGAUUUGUGGGGGCUGCCUUGGGUGUGGCCAGUGCCGCCACCAUGUUGACACCGGCAGGACCCGCCAUUUUGAUUGCGGCCAUGGCCACAUCAGCCACCUCUGGAACUUUACAGGCAACGCAUCAAGGAUACGACAAGUACUUUUCCUCGAAAGUGACUCAUGAAAUAUCCGAUCGUCUCAUUGCCUGGCAAGGCUUGUGUUGUGGCAUUCUGCAGUCUCUGGAACAAUUGAGACGGGAUUUGCUGGCCGAACGUCAGCACUUUUCGGCGUCGGCCACCUUUGGUCACUUUUCCAUCAAGAACAACAAAAAGGAAGCAGAUGUCUGGUCGACCUUGGCGGUCGGUAGUAUGGGAGUCACUCGAAGUGCUUUUACAGGAGUUGGAGUUACGGCUUCCAUGGGAGCUGGCUAUGCGCAAGUGAUUAAUAGUGGCUUGCAAACGAUUCCACUGGUGGGGGCUGCUUUUUCGGUCACCUAUAUGGCCAUGGAUGCCGGAAAUAUUUACAGUCAUUUGCAGCAGCUCUCGACGCCCAACUCGUACAUUAUUCGUUUGAAACAACUUCAGAAUGCGCAGACCAAUGGAGGUUUGCCACAUGUGUCGACUGUGGAAACGGAGGUGGACAUGCUUGACAAGGCCAUUCGUGACAUUAAUUCCAAAAUCAAACUUUUGCGGGAAGAACAAGAUAGCACGCCGUCCCAGGUGGAGGAAGAAAGCGACAAAGUCAAGCCAGCCCAAGAUGAUUCAGAAGCAGCAGCAACCGUUGUCGAAGCAGGACCAAUACCAACAUUGCUAACAGUCCAAGAAGGAGCAUUGGAAGGAACAGCAACGGCUCCCAUGGAAGAUGCAGGAGAAGAGGCAGCGUCCCUAGAUGGGGAAAUGACUUCCGAUGAUGAGCCUAACAACGAGCUGUGA